AUGACUUUCGGUGGCGAUUUUCAUUACGAAAUUGCACCUGAAGCUUUUAAAAAUAUAGACAAAUUUAUUAAAUAUGUUAAUGCUGAGCAAGCCAUGAAUGGUAGCAAUGUUAACAUUUUCUAUUCAACACCAUCAUGCUAUUUAUAUGCUUUGAAUAAAGUUGAUCGUGUUUGGACUACGAAAACGGAUGAUUUUUUCCCAGCUUUGAAACGUUAUGAACGUCAUUCAAAUAAUAUUUUACAAGCUGCAAGACAACUCAAUGCAUUUGCUAAUCUAAAUCAACGAAAUAAUAUUUUCAUUUUAAGUGAAACCAUGGGUAUUGUUCAACAUCAUGAUGCUAUUACUGGUACAGAAAGAGAAGAAGUUGCUUUUGAUUAUGCUCAACGAUUAUCUGAUGGCAUUGCUGUAGCCGAAUGUAUUCCACCAGCAUCAAAUCAAUUUCUCUGUCAAUUAUCUAACAUUAGUCAAUGUUUAGAAAUCGAUGGACAAGAACGCUUUACGUUGACACUUUGGAAUCCAACGAUUCAUCCAGUUGUUCAACAUGUUCGUGUACCUGUUAAAACAGAUUAUACGAUUCAUGAUCCAACAGGACAAACAGUUUUAUCUGAAGUACUUGAAAAGAAAAUAUAA